AUGGCUGGACGAGAAACAGAGAUGCGUGGAGUUUAUAAAGAAGAAGAGUUUAACUACAGCGACAAAGACACGGAGUAUAUUCCUGAGUCAAAUGCUGGAGGACCUCCCAUUAUGGCUCCUAUUGAUUCUCAAACCAAGCUUCAGUACCUCAUGAACGAAAUAGACACCUACACUCGCAACCUCAGCCAGUUCCACCAACGGACUUCUAGCGACGUGGAGCAUGGAAAGCGUCACCACGGUCCUGAAAAUGAAGAUGAAAAAGAUCUCAUCAGUUCUGAUAACUCACUAUAUACUACCAGGCUUGAAUCCCAACCAGCAACCAUCGUAGGUGGCACACUGCGUGAUUAUCAAUUAGAAGGCCUCAACUGGCUGCUUAAAAUGCACGCCUGCAACAUCAACGGAGUCCUCGCUGACGAAAUGGGCUUAGGCAAGACUUUACAAACAAUCUCCCUUCUCGCUCAGAUUUAUAUACAAGGCGAAACCUCCCCUAACAUAAUCAUAGUCCCUAAAAGCACCCUUUCUAACUGAGUCAAAGAAUUCAAGCACUGGGCUCCUUCUCUACAAAUUUUCGAAUUUUAUGGGAACCAAGAGGAGCGAGAACAGUUGAGAGCAAAAGUCCCCAGAACGAACACGUAUUUCGUCCUAUUGACCACCUAUGAAAUAGUCAUGGCUGAAAAGACGACUUUGAAGACUGUGAAGUGGAAUUAUCUGAUAAUAGAUGAAGCUCAUAGGAUUAAAAAUGAGAAGUCAGUUUUAUCACAGAUUGUAAGGCUUUUUUCGACUAAACAUAGACUGUUGAUAACAGGGACACCGCUGCAGAAUAGCUUGCAUGAGCUUUGGUCUCUGCUGAAUUUUCUGAUGCCAGCUACUUUUUCAAGUUCUCAGGAUUUUGACACUUGGUUUAACUUGAGCGGCGCUCAUAACCAAGAUGAUCAAGAGUUUCUAGUAAGGCAGCUCCAUAGGAUUCUGAGGCCUUUUAUGCUGAGAAGGCUUAAAAAAGAGGUAGAGACCAAGCUGCCGCCCAAAAAGGAACUUUAUGUAUUUUUAGGCAUGACAGAUGCCCAGAGGGAGCUUUAUAAAAAUUUAUUGACCAAAAAUAUAGAGGUCGUCAAUGGGUUUGGCGAAAGGAGUCAAUAUAUGAACACCAUUAUGCAGCUCAGGAAGGUCUGCAAUCACCCAUAUCUGUUUGACGGCAUAGAGCCAGGCCCUCCUUAUGCAGACGGACCUCACUUGGUUGAAGCUUGCAUGAAAUUUAAAUUUCUCGACAAACUGAUCCCACGAUUAAUCGAAAAAGGCUCCAAAAUUUUGAUUUUUACACAAAUGACCAGGCUUUUAGACAUCCUCGACGACUUUUUAAGCUAUAAAGGCUACAAGUACUGCAGGAUUGACGGGAAUACCCCAUACAUAGACCGAGAACUUCAAAUAGAAAAAUUCCAAAACCGUGAGUCUGACGUUAAAAUUUUUAUUUUAUCUACAAGGGCUGGAGGUCUGGGGAUCAAUUUGCAUGCAGCCAAUACUGUGAUAAUUUAUGAUUCUGACUGAAACCCUCAGGUUGAUCUACAAGCUAUGGAUCGAGCUCAUAGAAUUGGCCAAACCCAAACCGUCACUGUGUAUAGGUUCGUCACUGAAGGCACUGUCGAAGAAAAAAUCGCAGAACGGGCCGCCAAAAAGCUAAAAAUGGAUCAUCUUGUAAUACAAAGAGGUGGACUGACACAGCAAAACAAAGCUCCAUCUGUCCAAGACAUGAAAAACAUCGUCCAAUUCGGCGCCCAGCAGGUGUUAAAAAGCACUGGGAACACAAUUCCUGAUCAGGAUAUUGAUAAAAUCCUCAAGUACGCCCAAGAAAAGACUGAAGAAAUCAAUGAAGAGCUGAAAAACAUUGAGCAGGCUUUUAACCUGAAUAAUUUAAGCUUUGAUGGGGCCUCUCUUUACCAUUUUGAAGGCGAAGACUACAAAAAGGUAGAAAAAACCCAUAUCAGCCUAGGCAGAAGGAACAGAAAGAAAAACGAGCUUUAUGAGGUCAAUAAAGAUCUUAACAACCAGCAUAAGAAAAAUAAGAAAAAAGGCUGGAGGGCUCUAGUCAACGGAGGACACCCUCACCAGUUUUUUGACGAGCAAGAACUAGACGAUUUGGACAAUAAAGAAGAUAAAUGGAAUGAAUUUUUGAAUACAAAAACCAAAAGAAGACGAGGAGACCCACCAGUUGAGAAGCCAGAAAGGUUCACUGAUAAAGAUAAAGCUCAAAGAAAAGCUUUGCUUAGAAACGGAUUUUUAAACUGGACAAAAAAGGACUUCAAUAAUUUCAUUUUAGCCUGCGAAAUAUAUGGAAAAGACGAGUUUGACAAAAUCGCUGAAGAAAUCGGCACAAAAAGCAUCAGGGAAGUGGUCAAAUAUUCCAAGCACUUUUGGAGGAAGUAUAAAAACCUGCCAAACGGCGAGGAAUUUGUAGAAAGAAUCAACCAAGGAGAACUGGACAGAGAAAGACUUGCCGAAAUCGACGUGAUUUUAAAGGCAAAACGAAGCCGGUCUGAAGGUGGGCUAACUUUAAGCUACCCUGAAGACCAAGAACCUACCAAUUUUUCGAAGGAAGAGGACUUGUUUUUAGUGAAAUGUCUGCUAGAAAUGGAAUAUGGGAGCUGGGACGACAUAAAGAUAAAAAUCCAAGAGUCUCCUGAGUUCCGGUUCAACGUCUGAUUCCAGUCUAAAAGUCUUGACGAACUUGAAGAACGGUGCGAAUACCUGAUUGAUGUGCUAGAAGAAGAGGCGAUGAACCCUCGGAAAGUCCAGUGUGUUGAAAAAGAAGAGUCUAUUUCAAACGGAAGCGACUGCAGGGUAGAAGUGACGAUGGAUUUCAAGUGGAUUAUAAAAUUUCCGAAGUAUCCUUUAGUUUAA